UAACACGGUUUGAAGCUGGAGUAACUUCCCGAGUGAUGAGUGCCACAUUAUUUUAAUUAUCGAGGCUUUAUUUUAAUACGUGCUUUUUAAAUCCUGAUGGAUUUAGACGGCGGAACAUACGAGCCAGGCUUUGUGGGGAUAAGGUUUUGUCAAGAAUGUAAUAACAUGUUAUACCCUAAGGAAGACAAGGAGAACCGCAUCCUGCUGUAUGCGUGCAGGAACUGUGAUUACCAGCAAGAGGCCGACAACAGCUGCAUCUACGUCAACAAGAUCACCCACGAAGUAGAUGAACUGACACAAAUCAUUGCUGACGUAGCCCAGGAUCCAACGCUGCCAAGAACUGAGGAUCACCCAUGUCCAAAAUGUGGCCACAAAGAGGCAGUGUUCUUCCAGUCGCACAGUAUGAAGGCUGAGGAUGCUAUGCGGCUGUACUACGUCUGCACGGCUCCUCACUGUGGACAUAGGUGGACAGAAUGAAAGCUACUCAUUCUGAAGAGUUCCUGUGU